AUGUCAAUUGUUGCAAAUAAAUUUGAGGAGCUUCCUAGCCCAAUAAUUUGCCCAAAACUGAAGCUUUUAAUGUUGAAACUCCGUUUUGAAGAUCCAUUCAAACUACAGGACGAUUUUUUUGAUGAAAUGAGUAACAUCAAUGUCUUGAGCCUGAGGGGAUACGGAUAUGUGGAGUCCAUUCUGCACUUUCCAGCAUCCAUUCGGAGGUUGUCAAGUCUGAGGACUUUGUGUCUGAGUGAUUUAAGGUUGGAUGACAUAUCCUUUAUAGGGGAACUUGUCGAAUUAAAAAUUCUGAGCAUAAGAGAUUGUGAGUUAGAGGAGGUGCCAGUGGAGAUAGGAAAAUUGACCAAUCUAAUUAUGUUAGAGUUGCGGUAUGAUUAUCUAGAAAAACUUAAAAGGAUUCCAGCAGGGGUCUUAUCUAGACUAGUUCGACUGGAGGAACUACAUAUCAUGGGAGUAGAAGAUUGUAGUUACUCCACCUUCAGGGAAGUGGAAUCCUUAUCGAAAUUGACUGCAUUGUCAUUAAGAGAAUGUUCUGAAGAUGUGAUCUACAUCCCCAGUAACUUGGGCCUUUCCUCCAAGCUGGCACGUGACAAUGUUGAGGGCAUUGAGUUCCCUCUAUUACGGGAAAUGCUCUUAUGGAGCUUACCUGAGUUGCAAAAUUUGUGGCCUAAAGCCAACAACUCUAUCACCGACUCUAAUCCUCUUUUUGAUGAAAAGGUUUCUUGUCCCAAUCUGGAACUGCUAUCUAUAGAUGAAGCUAACAGCAUAAGUGCUCUAUGCUCUCCCCAACUUCCAACUGACUACUUCACCAAACUUCAAACAUUGCAAGUAUCACAUUGUGGAAAAUUGAGAAACUUGAUGUCUCCAUCAGUGGCUAAAGGUCUUCUGAAUCUCAAGAAACUACAGAUAGAAAAUUGUGAAUCAAUGGAAGAAGUGAUCACAAAAGGAGAAGGAAUCAUGACCUUAUUUCCCCUCUUGGAAAUACUGGAUUUUCGCAAUCUGCCUAAGUUGGGGCAUUUCUUUCUGACAGAGUGUGCUCUUAAAUUUCCAUUUCUCGAGGGAGUGAAUAUUGAAGACUGCCCUGAAAUGAAGACGUUUGUUCAACAGGGAAUAUCUGUGAGUACACCGAGUCUCAGAAAUGUGAACUUUGAUGAUAUGGCGAAAGUAGAUGAUCUAAAUAAGUGGAUACAGCAGAGGUUCAAUAACAAGGAACAAGAAGCUAGUGAUGGCAACAAAGCUGAACCUAGUCAUUCAGUUGCGAGGGUUUCAACAGUUGAUAGGUUAAAAGAUCUCCAUCAGGAAGCUAAUGUGCAAAGGAUGGCUCCAGUAGGACAGCACACAAUGGAGAAAUCAACGACUGCUGGAUCCGGUGAAAAUGAGGAGUCUAGAAAUUCAGGCUUCUCUCUUUUCUCUUUCACACCUGAUCCUUUUUGUUUAAAAGAAGGGAUGGUGAGGAACAUUCUUCAAAUUUGA